GCGUUGCUUUUAAAUAGGAAGUAGUGGCUCACUACCAGUCUCUCAGUGACCACUGCCGGUCGCUUCUGUUGACAGAAUGGUCCUCACAGUCCUACGGCUGGAGCGUGGACAACCACCAAGGCGUGGGUAGCUGGCCACUCCACAUUGGAUCUCAGCAUUUCCUGGGAGGCAAUGAAUUCCACAGAGGCAUACUUCUCAACUGAGGACUACUCAGACCCCGUCUAUUCCGUGCCUACGGACGACUUGCCGUGCUCCCUGAGAGAGGUCAGGGAGUUCACCCGGGUAUUCGUGCCUAUCACCUACUCGUUAAUCUGUGUCUUCGGCCUCCUGGGCAAUAUUAUGGUGGUGAUGACCUUUGCCUUCUACAAGAAGGCCAGGUCCAUGACCGACGUUUACCUGUUGAACAUGGCCAUCACAGACAUCCUUUUUGUCCUUACUCUGCCCUUCUGGGCAGUGACCCAUGCCACGGGGUCAUGGGUUUUCAGCAGCUCACUGUGCAAACUGAUGAAAGGCGCCUAUGCAGUCAACUUUAACUGCGGGAUGCUGCUCCUGGCCUGCAUCAGCAUGGACCGGUAUAUCGCCAUCGUCCAGGCGACCAAAUCUUUCCGGGUACGAUCCAGAACCCUGGGACACAGUAAGAUCAUCUGUUUGGUGGUGUGGGUCAUAUCCAUCAUCAUCUCAAGCCCCACCUUCAUCUUCAACAAUAAAUACAGGCUUCAGGGCAGAGAUGUCUGCGAGCCCCAUUACAAGUCUGUCUCGGAGCCCAUCACCUGGAAGCUGCUGGGGCUGGGGCUCGAGCUGCUCUUCGGCUUCUUCAUCCCUCUGCUCUUCAUGGUAUUCUGCUAUCUGCUCAUCGUCAGGACCCUGGUGCAGGCCCAGAAUUCCAAAAGGCACAGAGCCAUCCGUGUCGUCAUCGCCGUGGUCCUUGUGUUCCUGGCCUGUCAGAUCCCUCACAAUGUGGUCCUUCUCAUAACUGCAGCGAACACGGGCAGAAUGAACCGCACCUGCCGCGGUGAGAUACGCCUCGCCUACGCCAGGAACGUGGCUGAGGCGCUGGCUUUCCUGCACUGCUGCCUCAACCCGGUGCUGUACGCGUUCGUCGGGCAGAAAUUUAGAAACUACUUCAUGAAGAUCGUGAAGGAUGUCUGUUGUGCCAGAAGAAAGAGCAAGGUGCCAGGCUUCCUCUGUGCCCGGUUGUACUUGGAAAGCUACACUUCCCGGCAGACCAGUGAGAUCAUGGACAACGACAUCGCCUCGUCCUUCACCAUGUAGCAUGUGCGCAUGACGCUACAUACCCCCGGAAGCCUUUGUGAAACUUGCUUGUGUGUGUGUGUGUGUGUGUGUGUGAGAGAGAGAGAGAGAGAGAGAGAGAGAGAGAGAGGCCAUGCCCAAAUAAAUACAGAAAUUAAGCAGUCUCAUGCAGGAUCAGAACCAGUGGGCAGGAGGUGGACCCUGAUAGCCAAACUCGCUUCCCCACCCCCAAACCAGCCCCUGCCCCACCCCACCCCCACCAUAUGGUUGACAAGAAACACCGGUGGGAGGCUCCUGUCUUCUGAGGUCGGUGUUCCGCUAAACAAGCUUUGGGGAAUGCUGGAUUGGAAUGAAGUGUUCGUGGACACUCCAGAAACAUUUGUGAAGGGUUCGCAGACCCAGUCACAGCACAAAGCAAGGACUCAGCUCAAAAAGAGAAAGCAUCAGAAGUCUUCCUGUGACUUCCCGUGAGGCUAAUGAGAUGUUUAUCAUCCCUGAUGGCCAGCUGCAAAGAUCCCGUACCUGGCUCCCUCUUAUCAUCCCAGCAAGUGCUAGGCAGUGGAGGGUGAAGGCAAGGGCAAGCAUCCACAAACUGGAACAGCAACCUGGGAGGCAGGGAUGCCUGGGCUCCGUCCCAGGGCCCCAGCGUGUGAGCUUUGCUUCCAUUUCAGAAAGUGGCUUCCUAUGGCUCUCCUCCUCUGAGGUGGGCAGAGCUUGAGUUGUCAAGCAGGGAGCCUGUUCCAGGCUGGGCUAUGGGUUCAGCAGCCUCUAGCACAGCUUAACAUUCAUCCCACGGAUGGUGAACCUGGCUCGUCUGUAGCUGAGAGUGCCUUUCUUCCAGUUCUGAAAUGGAACUGAAGAUUCCAGUCACCAAGAACUUCAAGUGAGUCCCCUGAACAGUGGGGAAGCCUCUGAGGCCAAGUGGAUUUGUCGUUUGCUCAAAUUGGGAUUGAAUCUACGGUCUCACAUGAGGCUCUGCAAUGUACUAUAUUCUAAGACCUUUGCGCACCUUUCCUUUAGAAACGGGGGUCUCACUAAGGACUUGAAUUUGGAAGUCCUCCUGCCUCCACUCUAUGAUAGCUAGGAUUGCAAGCCUGUGCCACUGUGCCUAGCUCUGAGACCGAUCCUAGGACAGCUUUACCCCGAAGUUACGGUUAGCAGUAGAAUCAGGUUUUGGUAAGUCUCUCCUGCCUUAUCAGAAGCUCACGGGACUCUAGUCCUCAAGGAGCUGUGUAAGCAGAUGGCGAACAUGAACUGGGAAUGUGGAAACAGAAACCUCCUUACAAAAGUUACUGAUAGGAACGUCAAAAUACUGACAUGUUCAAUCUGAUACAUCGUUUGGAAGUUGGAUGGUUUGUGAGCUGUAGCAAUGCCUUUCUAUAGUGUGUGUGUGUACUUGAGGGUGGAGGACUAUUCAGAUGUAUUACUCGGGUGUGGUUGUCUUUUUCCUUGUUUAAGACAGUCUCUCAGUGCCUCAGGACUGAAUAAGUGGCCUCGAUUGGCAGGUCAGGGGAGACAUGGACCCGCCCACCUCAGUUCCCAGCAUGCACCACAGCUUUUUUUUUUUUUUUCAUGGGUUUUGGGCAUUAAAAUAGCCUUUGUGCCUGCAAGGCAAGUGUUUUACUGUCCGAAGCAUCUCGCCACCCAGCAUUUGGAACAUGAUUCCCUUGGUUUACUGCCAUCGUUUCACACAUUGAAAUAUAAACUUAUUCACGAGCUUUAACAAUUGUGGGUCUUCUUGUGUGCUUUGUUUUUAAGAAACAUUAGGA